AUGAAGAUGAUGGGAGUGCUGCUCUUCUGCGCUCAGCUGUUGUUUGCUUCCCCCAUGGAGGUGAACUCGUCCGGCCAUCAGAUCUUCUCCCUGGCGUACCACCAUGUGCAGGUGCCCUUCGAGAUCACCCUGGCCAUUUUGCUGGCGUCACUCGCUAAGAUUGGUUUCCACUUCUCCCCCAGAGCCCGCUCGGUGGUCCCGGAGAGCUGCGUCCUCCUCAUCUUGGGCCUCAUCUUUGGGGGGAUCAUCACGGUUAUGAACCACGAGGUCCCGGAGGUGAACAGCAGCGUCUUCUUCCUCUACCUCCUGCCGCCCAUCGUCCUGGACGCCGGUUACUUUCUCCCUAUUCGCCCCUUCUUUGACAACUUGGGCCCCAUCCUGUUGUACGCCGUCCUGGGGACCCUGUGGAACGUUGCUGCUAUCGGACUGUCCCUCUACGGCAUAUGUCAGGUGCGGGCGUUGGGCGUGGCAGACCUCUCGCUGAUGCACGCCCUGUGGUUCGGUAGUCUCAUCGCCGCCGUCGAUCCAGUCUCCAUUUUGUCGGUGUUUGAGGAGAUUCACGUGAAUGAAAAGCUUUAUAUCCUGGUGUUCGGAGAAUCUCUGCUCAACGACGCAGUCACUGUGGUUCUGUAUAAUCUCUUCAAAGCCUGGCAUGGCAUGGCGGACAUCCUGCUGGGGGACAUCUUUCUCGGAGUUGGCAGCAUAUUUGUGGUUGGCAUCGGUGGGAUUCUGGUUGGACUGAUAUUUGGGUUUUUGGCGGCCUUUACCACGCGUUUUACGGAGAACAUCCGAAUUAUCGAGCCGCUCUUUGUUUUCCUCUACAGCUACCUGGCUUAUCUGACGGCAGAAAUCUUCCAGAUGUCCGGGAUUAUGGCCCUCAUCUCCUGCUCCGUGAGUAUGAAGCGCUACGUGGAGGCCAACAUCUCGCAGAAGUCGUCCACCACCGUGAAGUACUUCAUGAAGAUGUGGAGCAGCCUCAGCGAGACGCUCAUCUUCUUCUUCCUCGGCUUCUAUACCGUGAAAAGUAAUCACGAGUGGAACUGGCCCUUCACCCUCCUCACCAUCGUCUGCUGCCUGUUCUGGCGAGCAUCAGGGGUAGUAGUACUUACAAGCAUUUUGAACAAGUUCUGCCUGAACAUCGUCUCCCGGAAGGAUCAGUUCAUCAUCUCCUAUGGUGGUCUACGUGGAGCCAUCUGCUUCUCACUGGUUUUUCUUCUUCCCGAGAUAAAACCAAAGCAUAUGUUUACUGCGGCCACCAGCGCGGUCAUCCUCUUCACCGUCUUCGUCCAGGGAAUGACCAUCCGGCCGCUGGUGGAGCUGCUAGAAGUGAAGAAACGGAACAAAACCUCCUCCACCGUCAGCGAACAGGUCAACAUCCGGCUGAUGGAUCACCUGAUCGCCGGAAUGGAGGACGUGUGCGGCCGCGGGGGGCAGAUGUACUGGAGAGACAAGUUUGAACAGUUUGACAGCCUGUGUCUGAGGAGGAUUCUACUGCGAGAUCAUCAGCCGAAGUCCAGCAUCGUCCUCCUGUACGAGAAGCUGGAGAAGAAGCACGCCAUCGAGCUCGCCGAGAGCGGACAGCUGUCAUAUAUGUCGCCUGCUGCGGCCGUCAGGCGACAUUAUGACAAGUCACAGAGCAGAAUCCGAUUUUCUGCGAGGGAGAAGGACGACAUCCAGAAAAUCCUGUCCACGAGUCUGUACAAGAUCAGGAAAACGAACACGCUGUACAGCAGACACACACUGUCUGCAGAUCUCGGGGCCAAACAAGCCAAGGAAAUCCUGAUCCGCCGCAACCAGAGCCUCCGUGCCAGUGACAGCAGGAAGCAGAGCGCGUCUGUGAUCUACAGAGGAACCGAGACCAGGCCGAAAUUACUGCGCUCAUUAACUGUGGGGGUUGGUGACACCCCAAAAAGUUACAAGAGGACGAGCCCCAAGAGUGAGGACGACACAGAGGAGACGGUGACUGCAGCGUCCUGAGGCUUCCCGCUGCCCCUCCGCCCUGGACCCCCGGAUCCUGCAGAAGACAAUCAGACAUUGAUGAUGUCACUGCGUCUGUAGAUAGAAGACCAUAACACAGUGACCUGGUCCUGCUCUCAUAGCUGAGGGUCUGUUACAAUGUGUCCAGUCACAUAAUCAUCUGUGAGCUGCACAAUCCCUGUCCAGAUGAUUUGUUAUAAUGUAUCAGUCUUGUCUAGACUGGUGGAUACACUGUAACAAACCCUCCGCUCUUGGGUCCAGGUGGCCGCCCCUCCAUCAUCCCUCCCCUCUGGAUAAUAGGUGAAGGUCCUGAAGCCCCCCCAUUACCUCCUUAUAUUGGG